GGCUCAGUUGGGGUCUCCAGGGAGGACCAGUAGACAGAGGCUGCAAACAGCAGCUGGACUGAGUCGCUGCCUCUGGCGCCAUGUCCCGCGUGUCAGUGCCCUGCCAUGUGAAAGGCACCGUGGCUCUGCAGGUUGGCGAUGUGAGGACCUCCCAGGGUCGACCUGGCGUGCAAGUCAUCGAUGUCACCUUCCCUAACGCCGCGCCCUUCGAGUUGCAGGAAAUCAUGUUUAAGAAUUACUACACAGCUUUUCUGACUAUUCGUGUGCGCCAGAACAACUCGAUACACGCACCAGCCAAAUGGGUGACCUGCCUGCGGAAUUACUGCCUGAUGCCUGACCCUCACAGUGAGGAGGGGGCCCAGGAGUAUGUAUCACUGUUCAAGCACCAGAUGCUGUGUGACAUGACCAGAGUAUUGGAGCUACGCCUGAUUCUUCGGCAGCCAUCACCACUGUGGCUGUCGUUCACAGUGGAGGAGCUGCAGAUCUACCAGCAGGGACCCAAGAGCCCCUCCAUGACCUUCCCCACGUGGCUUUCCCACCCAGUGCCCUGUGAGCAGCCUGCGCCCCUCCUUGAAGGUCUCCCGGACCCCAGCAAAGUAUCUUCUGAGGUGCAACAGAUGUGGGCAUUGACGGAGAUGAUCCGGGCCAAUCACACCUCCUCCCGGAUUGGCCGCUUUGACGUGGAUGGCUGUUAUGAUUUGAACCUGCUCUCCUACACCUGA